CCCCCGCAGCAGGAGGAGCGCCCCAUCCGCCAGAUCCUGUACCUGGGGGAGCUGCUGGAGACCUGCCACUUCCAGGCCUUCUGGCAAGCCCUGGAUGAGAACAUGGAGCUGCUGGAUGGGAUCACCGGCUUUGAGGAUUCCGUCCGGAAAUUCAUCUGCCAUGUGGUGGGCAUCACCUACCAGCACAUUGACCGCUGGCUGCUGGCUGAGAUGCUGGGGGACCUCUCGGAGGCCCAGCUCAAGGUGUGGAUGAGCAAGUACGGGUGGUGCGAGGCGGAGCCGGGCCGGGUCCUCAUCUGCAACCAGGAGGAGAGCAUCAAACCCAAGAACAUCGUGGAGAAGAUCGACUUCGACAGUGUCUCCAGCAUCAUGGCCUCGUCCCUGUGAUGGCUCAAUAAA